CACUUUCCUUUAAAAUCAGUUCCCCUUUCUCUCUGCAUUCAGCUCAGCCCUCCAUCCUUCAAUUGCAUUUCUCUUUCUCUGCUCCAUUCGCCCAGAUGUCAACUCUUUCAGUCCCCGAAUGCGUCCCCCCAGCGUCUGAGGAUGCCGAGCAACUCCGCAAAGCCUUUGAAGGAUGGGGUACAAACGAGGGGCUGAUCAUUUCCAUCCUCGCUCAUCGCUCCGCUGACCAGCGCCGCCAGAUUCGGCAGGCGUAUUCCAACGCCUUCGGAGAGGAUAUCUUGAAAGCCCUAGGCAAAGAGCUAACGAACGAUUUCGAGGAAGUAGUGCGUCUGUGGGUUCUUGAUCCAGUAGAAAGGGACGCCGUGCUAGCCUUUGAGUCGGUUAAAAGGUGGAGGCCUGGAGAUCGUGCCCUGAUUGAGAUCGCCUGUGCGCGGAGCUCCGAGGAGAUACUUGAAGUGAGGAGGGCGUAUCAUGCUCUUUAUAAGAGAUCGAUUGAGGAGGAUGUCGCUGCAAAUGCGAAGGGAGAUUUCAGGAAGCUCUUAUUGCCGCUUUUGACUGCUUACCGUUACGGGGGUCCCGAAGUGAACCUUUCAUUGGCAAAAUCAGAGGCGAAGCAGCUGCAUGAUAAGAUUGGAGGUAAAGCUUAUGCAGAUGAGGAGGUAAUCAGGGUUCUUACUACCAGGAGCAAAGCACAACUCGAAGCAACUUUCAAUGCUUACUACAAUGAGUUUGGCCAUUCUAUUAACAAGGACUUGAAAUCAGAUCCAAAGGAUGAACUCCUCUCUGCGUUAAGGGCUAUUACAAAAUGCAUUACUUGCCAAGAGAAAUAUUUCGAGAAAACAAUUAGGCUAGCUAUCAAUAAGAUGGGAACAGAAGAGGGAGCAGUUACACGUGUCAUCGCCACACGUGUUGAGGUUGACAUGAAAUCAAUCAAGGAGCUAUAUUUCAAGAAGAAUGGUGUGCCUCUUGUUCAUGCCAUAAAAAAGGAUACCAUUGGAGACUAUGAAGACUUCCUUGUAGCCAUUAUUGGUGAGGAGAGUGCUUAAGCUUCCUUCCUUGAGCAUAUAUAGUUGAUAGCUUUCACCAC